ACCCCACCUCAUGAGUCCUGCUGUCCUCACCCACAACUCCAAGGUUCAACUUCAGUUAGUGAUCUAUCCCACCUAGAGACAGUCCUUUCCUUCCAGAGCAGCAGAUCAGUAACUGAACAUCACUUAUAAAUAUGGGAGACUGGGGAUUCCUGUCAAGCUUACUGGACAAGGUCCAGUCACACAGCACAGUCAUCGGGAAGAUCUGGAUGAGCGUCCUCUUCCUGUUCAGGAUCAUGGUUUUGGGUGCAGGUGCUGAGAGCGUCUGGGGCGACGAGCAGUCGGGUUUCAUCUGUAACACACAGCAACCUGGUUGUGAGAACGUCUGCUACGACUGGACCUUCCCCAUCUCGCACAUUCGCUUCUGGGUCCUCCAGAUCAUCUUCGUCUCCACACCGACGCUGGUCUACCUGGGCCACGCCAUGCACGUCAUCCACAAGGAGAAUAAGCUGAGGGGGCUGCUGUCGAGCCCUGGUGGACGCCAGCUGCUUAAAAGGCCCAAAUACACAGAUGAGAACGGAAAGGUGAAGAUCAAGGGGAACCUGCUGGGAAGCUACCUGACUCAGCUCGUGGUUAAGAUCAUCAUUGAAGCCGCCUUCAUAGUGGGCCAGUACUACCUGUAUGGAUUCGUCAUGGUCCCCAUGUUCCCCUGCUCUAGGAAGCCCUGUCCCUUCACUGUGGAGUGCUACAUGUCCCGCCCCACAGAGAAGACCAUCUUUAUUAUCUUUAUGCUGGUAGUGGCCUGCGUCUCUCUGUUGCUGAAUUUCAUUGAGAUGUUCUACCUGCUUUGCACCCGGGUCAGAUGUGGGUCCAGGAAUCGCAGUCACAAGAUUACCUCGGCAGAGAACCCUGCCGGCCUGUCAGCUCCCAGCUGGCCGACUGCAGAGGACGCACUCAAGCAGAACAAGCUGAACAUGGAGCUCGAGAGCAGUCACAGUAUUGGAGGAAGCCUGGACGGGGCCAAAGAGGAGAAACGACUACUGAGUGGUCAUUAAAAAAAAACCACAGAUGUCACCAUUAAUGUAUUAAUGUUUUGUCUUGUUUCAGAUUAUCCCCCCAGUGCUUUCUGGCUCAAAUACAUCUAAGAGACUGAUUUCUUACAUCAUGACACAAUAUAAAAGAAAAGCUUCGUCACUGUCUAAUAAUGUGGUAUUAUGUGCUGGGAAGAGUCUGCGUAAAUUAACAAUAUUAAAGGGCCACAUUGUUGGAAAUUUACAUUUAUUUUGUAUUUUUCAAAUGGAAAUCUAAUAAUGGAAAAUGUGCAAUAUUGAUAAUGUAUUUAUCUGAGUGAGCAGAAGUUUGUCUAUGCUCGGUUAUUACAUGAGUCCUUUAAGUUAUUCCCAUGUUCAUUAUCUAGGACUUGAAAUAAUUUCCUUAUUGAAUGAUGAUGAUGAUGAUGAUGAUGAUGAUGAUGAUGAUGAUGAUGACGAUGAUGGUGAUGAUUGUGGUGAAGAGUCUGUUUCUACUGAUGAAGUAGAAAAACAUUUUUUGUAUGCUGUAUUGUUUUUAAUAAAUUAAUAAAUAAAAAGUUGGAUAA